AUGUUUGGUGCAAAAGCUUUGAUUUUGUUGACAAGAAAAUGGAAAUUGAAACCACCAAACAGUGUUACGAGCUUUUCUUCUUCUUUUUCAUCUUCACAACACGUGAAGUUCAAAGCUCCAUUGGAUAUGGCUGCAAAAGAUGGCGAACUUAGGGUUUUUCUUGUUGCCGGUGAAGUUUCCGGUGAUUCCAUCGCUUCUCGUCUCAUGGCUUCGCUUAAGCUUCUUUCUCCUUUCCCUGUUCGUUUUUCUGGCAUUGGAGGGACUAAGAUGAGAAGUGAAGGAUUGCAAUCUUUGUUUCCUAUUGAAGAUAUCUCAGUAAUGGGCAUUUGGGAACUAUUGCCACAUUUGUAUACAUUCAAAGUGAGACUGAAUGAAGCUGUGAAAGCAGCUUCUCUAUUUGAGCCUCAUGUUGUAUUAACAGUUGAUUCUAAGGGCUUUUCUUUUCGGUUCUUGAAGAAGCUAAGAGCGAGACACAGUCAGAAAAAGUUGCAUUCGCCAGUACAUUUUCACUAUGUAGCACCAUCGUUUUGGGCAUGGAAAGGAGGGGAAGAAAGACUCACAGGACUUGCGGAAUUUGUGGAUCAUCUGCUGUGCAUACUUCCAAACGAGGAUAAAAUUUGUAGAUUGAAUGGAUUAUCUGCAACCUUUGUAGGGCAUCCUGUUUUGGAAGACAUUAUGGAAUUGAAUUUGAUAAACAGUCCCUCAAUCAAUGAAUGCAAGGCUGAAGGAAACAGCAAAGACUUUCGAAGAAAACAUGAAGUUCCCCCAGGAGCCACUGUUAUUAGCUUGCUUCCUGGGAGCAGAGUACAAGAAGUCAGUCGGAUGCUUCCCAUUUUCACAAACACAAUGGAACUACUGAAAGACAAUGUUCCACAGUUGAUGACAAUCAUUCAUGUUGCCCCUAAUGAACACGUGGAAAACUUCAUUGCCGGUGCUGUUCAUAGAUGGCCUGUCCCUGUUGUAUUAAUUCCUGGUGGAACGACACACAUGAGAUAUGAUGCUUUUAGUGCUAGUAAAGUUGCAUUGUGCACAUCCGGGACAGUUGCUGUGGAGCUGCAGCUUGCACGCUUACCUUGUGUUGUGGCAUAUCGUGCCCAUAUUUUGACUGAAUGGUUUAUUAGGUACAAAGCCAAGAUACAAUACAUAUCACUUCCAAAUAUUCUUUUGGAUUCAGCCAUUAUUCCCGAAGCACUUUUUCAAUCCUGCAAACCGGAAAACCUAGCUCUGUUGCUCAAAGAUUUAAUACAUGAUCAUGUUUGUCGAGAAAAACAAAUACUUUCAGCGCAAAAGUUUGUCGAGCUUCUAAUGCCUUCAGAAAGAAUAAACCAGAACCUUGCAAAGCAAAGUUUGUUGGGAGAAUGUCUUGAUUACAGUCCAAGUGCUGUUGCAGCAUUGACUAUAUUAAACUUUGGGAAGCCUGUGAUUCAUGACUAA